UCAUAUCACACAGACCGCUUGACGUUUUGUGUCCCGGAAGUGUUUCUAACGAACUCACGAGGUCAAAAUGGCGGCUCGCAGCAUGUGAAGGGGUCGAAACGGGAGCCGGCUUUCGGGAACAUGUAUAAAACGCCAUGUAGCAGACUGUCAGGUUUGAUUGGUGUAAGUGUGAAGAAAAAAUUAGUUCAAAAUGUUCCUUGGUGUAACCAGACUGCUUGCAGCCUUCUUCAGCUGCAUAGGAGAGAUCCAUCAAACUGGCUGACGUACCAGCAUCUCACCUUCCUGAAACGCCAGUAUGUGGCAAAGAACAACAGUGAGCUUCACCAGCGCGCCAUCCCGAAACAGGCUCCAGUCCUGACCAUUGUGGAUGAGAGAGAUGACAGCGUUGAAAGACAAGUGCAGAGAGUACCAACUAUUGAUCCUGUGGACACAGAUACUGUUUCACAGCCAGAUGAUGUGACCAGUAAGGCACAACCUCACAUACCCAGCUUGAAGCCCACUACGAAGGAUGCAGCAGCACAGAGCAAUUCUAUGUUAAAUACCGCUUUGACUCCAGAUGAGACUCCCUUUAUCCAUAAGGAGUCGGAUGAGGCAAGGGAGGCACGUCUAGACAAGCAGUGGAAGCUGCUGAAGGUUGAUGUGGCUGACUUGCCAGAUAUCUACUCCAGGCUUGCCAAAAUCAAACUCACAGCGCUGGUAGUUACGACUGCAGCAGCUGGAUAUGCAAUGGCUCCAGUGCCGUUUGAUCCCAUCAUCUUCUUGGUGUCAUCUCUGGGAACAGGCCUCGCCUCGUGUGCUGCCAAUUCAAUCAACCAGUACUUUGAGGUGCCCUUUGACUCCAACAUGAACCGCACAAAGAACCGUCCACUCGUCAGAGGACAAAUCAGUCCCCUCCACGCCGUGUCCUUCGCUCUGGCCUGUGGCGUUCCCGGAGUCGCUCUGCUCACGCUGGCGGUGAACCCGUUGACGGGCUUCCUGGGUGCCCUCAACAUCUUCCUCUACACUUGUUGCUACACGCCGCUCAAGAGACUGAGCAUCACCAACACCUGGGUGGGAGCAGUGGUGGGUGCCAUACCUCCUGUCAUGGGCUGGACGGCUGCCACGGGUUGUCUCGAGCCAGGUGCCUUGUUGCUGGGUGCUGUCCUGUAUAGCUGGCAGUUCCCCCACUUCAACGCCCUCAGCUGGAACUUGCGGGAAGACUACUCCCGCGGCGGCUACCGCAUGAUGUCCGUCACCCACCCCGGCAUGUGCAAGCGGGUGGCCCUGCGCCACAGCGUGGGCCUGAUCGGCCUUUCAGCCUUAGCCCCCGUGCUGGACGUGACCACCUGGAGCUUCCCGCUCGUCUCCCUACCCAUCAACCUGUACAUCAGCUACCUGGCCUUCCGUUUUUACCACAAAGGAGACCGCAGCGGCGCCCGCAAGCUGUUCUUCUGCAGCCUGUGGCACCUGCCCAUGCUGCUGCUGCUGGCGCUCACUUGCAAGAAGCCUCGCAGAGAUCCGGAGGAUCCAGCUCUGCCUCCAGCCGCUUUAGUUUCGUAGGUUUCAGACCCUCAUUUUAACUGCGACACUCCCUCCGUGUCUCCCUUAACCACUCGUUGUGCUUGGAGGGGGGCUGGGUGGUGGACACAUUAUUUUAGCUGUUGCUGCUCCUUUGGUGCUCACUGCAAAUCAGGAAAUGAGUUGGAAAUGAUUUGGAUGCAAAUAGCUGAUUUACAGAAAACACACUGAAUUAUUACAUCAGGUUGUAGUCAUUUCGAUGUGUGUGUGCUGUAUAUAUUCUGUAUUUAUUUAUACAGGGGCCCACCAGUUCUUCUCCGUGUUGUGCAUCACUGAUAAAUGAUAAAUGAUUUUGUACCGUGUAAAUUGCUCCGGUGGAUCCACAUAGGAAUCAGUGUCACUGCAUUGUACAAAUGCAAAACUCAAGGAGGAAGAGGAGGAGGAGGAAGAGGAACGGACAUCAAGGUAUCAAAAGAUUUACAUUUGGUUUCCAGUCAGUGUAUGAAAAAUAGGGCAAAUAUAAACGCGUUAUCUGUUGAUUGUUGUUUGACUCUUACCUUAACCCUGAUACUUGACGGUCUGUACCCCUCAUUGUGGUUUUUGCUGCUCAGCAAACACACUGAUGGGUCUUCAUUCAUUUACAUAAUGCUUUAAUUGUACACGGUUCGUCUGCACCAAAACAAAGGGAAUAGUUCACCCCUGUGAUAAACACAAGGGCGAAUAUUCUCUAACAAUAAACACGUCAUGAUUGUAA